UGUCACUCAUGCACCUGCAUUCACAUACACUGAUGAGGACUUUAAACAUGCAGGACCUAGCUGUGAGGAAAGAAUAGCGUAAUAUAGUUCAUUCAAGAUCUGGUUAUUUAGAAUAAGGACAACGUUGUGUAUUAGGCGUCAUGUGGUAAUUAAAUUUCAAUUGCAAACUUAACUGUUGUUUUUGUUGUUUUAUUGGAUUCGUUAAAUGUGAUUUUUUAAAUUGGGAUUUUUGCGUUGCGUCUGUAUGGAUUUUUCUAAAAUGAUGAAACUAAGCAUACCUGUAUUACAGGAGUUCGGGUAUCUGAGAUUCAAUUCACAAAACUUUCAAGACCUGUAAAACUCAAAGUAAAGCGGUAUUGGAGGAAAUUCUUUCGCGCAUUCUCAGAGCUCACUUUCAGCAUUAACUGAAAAUUUCAUUCAGUUCGCGCGGUUAAUUCAUUCACGGUUUUCGCCUCUUGAAAUCAACGUGAAGAUUUUAGGCAUACCGCUGUCAGAAAGCAAGACACAAUUUACACAGAGUUUCGAAACGCAAUGUAUAACUUAUAUUGACGGAAAAUGCUUUCAACAAACAGAAAAUAACCGGAUUUUCGACAUCGAAUUAAUAAAACUAAUCAAAACUUGUGUUAUUUUCUGAACACUAUUCGCUGCAUUAAGCAACACAACACUUCCACGCGACCAUGGCUUCCGGAUCUGAAGACGAGAGGGACGACUGUUUCAAGGAAGAGGAACGUGACGUACUUCCGGACCUGCACGACCGAGAAAACUCCGAGGGUCGGGACACUGUCUCCACUUCCGAGUGCCGCUCACAGACGUCCGAGGAGCGUUCCCUAUCACCGGAUACGGAUGAGCUGGAGGAGCUGGAAGAGGUCCUGAGGGAUCAGCCGAAGCCAAAAGUGAUCGUCUUUGACCUAGACUAUACGCUAUGGCCGUUUUGGGUCGAUCGACAAAUUAAUAUUGAGCUCCCGUUCAAACAAGUAGGUAAAACUAUAAGGGGCGAGAACAAGGUGUGUGACGCUUCUGGUCGCGAAGUGAAAAGUUUCCCUGACAUCAAACCGCUACUGCAUAGAUUGCAUAUAGAUGGCUACAAAAUUGCAAUUGCCUCCGAGGCGUUCCUGAAGGAGGAAUGUGCGCGUCUCGUAAAGAUGUUCGGAUGGGAUGAGUUUAUUGACUACCAAGAAAUCUACCCGGGAUCCAAAAUAUUCCACUUUGUCAAGAUAAAGCGGGCAAGUGGAGUGGACUUUUGUGACAUGCUGUACUUUGAUGACGAGAAAGAACACCUGGCGGAGGUUGCCGCCACAUGCACUGGCUUAACAACAGUUUGGGCUGACCGAGGAGUAUCGGAAGAAAUAAUGGAAGAAGCCUUUCUCAUGUUUGCUAAAAAUAGAGAAAGCUCCACAUACUUCCGGUCGAAGCCUGUUACGAUUUCCCGCCGUAACUCCACGGAUCCUUUCGUGAGUCUUCGGCCGCUGAUAAAUCUUCGUCGGCGCAACUCCAUUGAAUCAGAGAACAGCUUGCCGCCUCCAAAUAGUAUUUUGGGCGGAGCCACUCUUGCUGCUCUAGCAAAUGGUAUCACUGGACUUCAUUGUAGGGACUCAAAUUCUAAGUCUAUUUCACAUCAGUUUAAUCCUAAUUUGCCCGGAUUGAAUGGUCCAAGGCAUAUUUCACAUCAGUUUAAUCCAAACCUACCUGGAUUAAAUGGUCCUAUGCCUGAUGGAGCCGGGAGGGGCAAAACAAGGCGACGUUACAGUAUUAUGUGAGUGGGAGGUGUUGAAAUAACAUGAUGCGUCUAAACAGAAAGUGUAAUGAAUUGUGAUAGGACACAAAAUAGUGCCUACUUUGGAUGAUCUUGGUUACAUCUUAAUUGAAAUUUCAUUCAUCAGACUCCCAGUCAACUGGAAAAAAUAUCCUUGUAAAUGUGUCCCUCAACAUUUUGCAAUUCUUUCACUAGUUAUUAGAAAACGAAAGAUGUAUAGUGUGAUACUACCUUUGUGCUUUUAGUAUUUAAUGAACGAGUUUUGUUUUCGUCAUUGAUCACGAAAUAUCAAAGUGUCACAUUUUUUUUCAACAUUUAAGUGAAUAUAUUUCCACCCGCAUAUUCUGUUUGCUUAAAUAUUUCUGCCAGAAGUGAACAAGAGUGCCAAGAAAAAGAUUACAGAUUAAGUACGGUUAACCUACGGUAUUUGUUACACAAGUAAGCCUGUCAAAUUGUCUAUCACUAAGCGAUAAUGUUAAAUGUUGAUACCAUCAUGACACCUAAUUAUCUUAGUUGUAUGCUACAUUCCUAGUGCAAAGAUGUACAUGGACAGACGUCCACAUAGUGUUGUACAUAAAAGUCGUCUUGUAGGAGCUUUACCAAUAUUAGAAAGAAACAUAUUUCAUGUACAAAGGAGUUAUCUAGUAUUUAAGAAUGGCCUACUAGACUUUUUACACAUGAACAAAUCGUCCACAUUACAUUGGAAAUGUGUUAUUAUACAUGUAUAUAUUAAUUCAUUUCGGUUUGCAUAAUGAUUAAAUCAUGCAGUCAUGCAUUUUAUUGACGAUGCACGAUUCUUUACCUUUCUCCAGACGAAAUAUCGUUUUACGUCUAAUGAUUAAAUCAUUAAGUCAUGCAUAAUAUUGACGAUGCACAAUUGCAGACGAAAUAUUGCCUUACGCGUUUGAGGGUAAUUGUUUUGAAAAAUACUUGACGAGCUAUUCGUAAUUUGUAAAUGAACGUAACUUUCUGAAUAAUAUUAUCCACCUGUGCACAGGAGCAAAAAUUUACAAACGAAACGAAAUUUGGACAUUAAGUUUUCAUAUUCACAACUGUUAAUAACAUAUAGGUUAAAAACUCAAUAUAUGAGAAACAUAGGCCACACAAAUGUCUGUUUGAUUGGGUAUUCAAAUAACACAAACUAACAAACACGUUUAAAGGUACAGUGCUGAUUUUCAAUGUAUUAUAUCUUGUAUCCUUUGUUGACUUGUAUUGUUAAAUAAAAUGUAUAAAAAGAAAAAUAUGGGAGUUUAUUGUGUGCUUUUAACUUUUUUUAUGCCCAAUUACUUUAUAUACUUUAAUAUUGAUAUUGACAAGGGUAAUCAACAAAUGACACACAACAUCUCAAACAAAUAAUUCAAAGCUUAUAAAAAUGGUUGGCAUGUUAGUUGUCAUGUUGGCAUGUAUGUUUUUCAAUGGUCAGGUAGUCCUACAGCCUGUUGAUCAAAACCUCUGUUAAACUUAACAGACUGCUUUUUCUUCGUACAAUUAAAAGUUAAAGCUCGGCACACGAGGGAAAUGAAAAUGCAAGCAACAAACAAGUCGCCACUCGUAAUAAUAUGUUUUUCUAUGACACUAGUGAAAUAAAAUACAAUCUUACACUGAAAUAAAAAAAAAAAUGUGUAUUUAUGCUUAUUUUCCUAGUUUUAUAGAAUUUUAAUUUAUUUUCUAACUAACCCCUUUUUUUGAAAAGGAUGUUAUUUACGCCGCUACCCGUAGUGCGCCCCUCAUGCAAAAAAAUAGCUGUCAAUUUUCAAUUUCCGGUUUGUUGAAAAGGUGUUCUCUGAUAUUCUUUUUCAUAGUUUAUCAUUCUCUCGUUUUAUAGUGUAAACAUUUUAUGCACAGUUUUCAAUAAAGUUUUAUAAUUGCAUCCAUGUUCCAAAAAAUAACGAAAACACUUUUAUUUUAAGCGUGGUAAGAAUACAUAACCAAAUUACUAUGCCGCCAUUUAUUGAAUGAAAAUUUGAAAGGUCGAAUGUGAUGAAAAAACAUUUGCGGAUACUAAUUGAAUAUAAAGCAGUUUUCUUAGUUUAAGGGUGUGUUUGAUGAUACAUUGAUAUUCAUUCAUCUUACUGUCAGAGACCAGUAUGUUUCGCUUCGUUUUUCCUGAUAAUGAUGAGGACCACGCUAGUUUGUUGACAGAUUUGACGCGUGGGUGGGGUAAACAAAUCAGUUAAUCUGUAAAUUGCUGUGUGAAUUUUCCGGGAAGUUCGUAUUACAAGGACAAACAGUUCAAAAUACAUUUGAACGAUGAUUUAACAUUCUGUUUGUGUUCGAACAGUUGUUUUCGUCUGUAACUUGUUUGGUAUGACAGCAAAUGUUUGAACAUUCAGCUUUAAUAUUAAGACAAUGUUUCAAAAAAACGGGAUAACCAUUUUCUAAUAAACGGUAAGUUGGUGAUUCCCAAAUAUAUUUAUUUAAACCUAUGUAAAAUGUCUUAAGAUAUUUGCCAACAUUUUAUGGUUGAGUGUUCUGUUUUCAUCAUUAUUAUUAUUCUUAUUAUUAUUAUUUCUACUACUACUACUACUACUACUACUACUACUACUACUACUACUACUACUACUACUGCUACUACUACUACUAAUAAUAAUAAUAAGUUUGACUUUUAAAACAUUUUAAAAAACUAAAAUGUAUGCAUACACGGAUCUGAGCCGUUCCGAGCCAUGGCAUUUUCGAUGCAGAUAUGUAAGAAAAAUCUCACUCAUCAGUUAUUUUGGAAAUGUUGUACUCAUUUAGGUAACAUGACAAUGUACAGUCUUACCAAGAUAAUAAAAUUCUUUGUUUGAGGCUACAACGCGACGGAAGCAACUCAUAGAUAAACCACAACAUAUUGAAUGAAUUGUUUUUCAUUUCCGCCACAUGCACUGGUAAGGAGUUAAUUCUCAUAACUAAUGUAGACUAAACAACUUUUCUAACUGGUCACAUACACUUUUAAAAAACUAGCUGACAAGUCACGAUGAUAUUGUUAAAAUUUUCAAUAGAACGAAAAACACCAAAAACAAAAAGUAGCACUAAGCAUCAAAUAUUUGAAUAUAAAUCAACGACAAAAUCAUUUUCUUCAUAAGAAAAUAUGUAAAGUGCAUGUAUAGAUGAAAUUUGAAUAUAUCACAAAACAUAUGACAAAGUUAUCAAGUGGUUUUAAAUGAUUGUUAAAAUGAUAUCUUAUUAAAACCCAUAAUUUUCGCUCUUCAAUUACAAAGGAAAUACAAAAUUUGAAACGGAAAGGUAAUUUAAGUUAUUAAAAAAUAAUAUUUUAGUUCUUGCACCGGUGUUUUUGCAAAAUACAAUGGGAUUAAAUCUGAUUACUAACAAAAAUUAUAUGUUCCUUUUUACAAUAUAGGCUUAACAACAGUUUGGGCUGACCGAGGAGUAUCGGAAGAAAUAAUGGAAGAAGCCUUUCUCAUGUUUGCUAAAAAUAGAGAAAGCUCCACAUACUUCCGGUCGAAGCCUGUUACGAUUUCCCGCCGUAACUCCACGGAUCCUUUCGUGAGUCUUCGGCCGCUGAUAAAUCUUCGUCGGCGCAACUCCAUUGAAUCAGAGAACAGCUUGCCGCCUCCAAAUAGUAUUUUGGGCGGAGCCACUCUUGCUGCUCUAGCAAAUGGUAUCACUGGACUUCAUUGUAGGGACUCAAAUUCUAAGUCUAUUUCACAUCAGUUUAAUCCUAAUUUGCCCGGAUUGAAUGGUCCAAGGCAUAUUUCACAUCAGUUUAAUCCAAACCUACCUGGAUUAAAUGGUCCUAUGCCUGAUGGAGCCGGGAGGGGCAAAACAAGGCGACGUUACAGUAUUAUGUGAGUGGGAGGUGUUGAAAUAACAUGAUGCGUCUAAACAGAAAGUGUAAUGAAUUGUGAUAGGACACAAAAUAGUGCCUACUUUGGAUGAUCUUGGUUACAUCUUAAUUGAAAUUUCAUUCAUCAGACUCCCAGUCAACUGGAAAAAAUAUCCUUGUAAAUGUGUCCCUCAACAUUUUGCAAUUCUUUCACUAGUUAUUAGAAAACGAAAGAUGUAUAGUGUGAUACUACCUUUGUGCUUUUAGUAUUUAAUGAACGAGUUUUGUUUUCGUCAUUGAUCACGAAAUAUCAAAGUGUCACAUUUUUUUCAACAUUUAAGUGAAUAUAUUUCCACCCGCAUAUUCUGUUUGCUUAAAUAUUUCUGCCAGAAGUGAACAAGAGUGCCAAGAAAAAGAUUACAGAUUAAGUACGGUUAACCUACGGUAUUUGUUACACAAGUAAGCCUGUCAAAUUGUCUAUCACUAAGCGAUAAUGUUAAAUGUUGAUACCAUCAUGACACCUAAUUAUCUUAGUUGUAUGCUACAUUCCUAGUGCAAAGAUGUACAUGGACAGACGUCCACAUAGUGUUGUACAUAAAAGUCGUCUUGUAGGAGCUUUACCAAUAUUAGAAAGAAACAUAUUUCAUGUACAAAGGAGUUAUCUAGUAUUUAAGAAUGGCCUACUAGACUUUUUACACAUGAACAAAUCGUCCACAUUACAUUGGAAAUGUGUUAUUAUACAUGUAUAUAUUAAUUCAUUUCGGUUUGCAUAAUGAUUAAAUCAUGCAGUCAUGCAUUUUAUUGACGAUGCACGAUUCUUUACCUUUCUCCAGACGAAAUAUCGUUUUACGUCUAAUGAUUAAAUCAUUAAGUCAUGCAUAAUAUUGACGAUGCACAAUUGCAGACGAAAUAUUGCCUUACGCGUUUGAGGGUAAUUGUUUUGAAAAAUACUUGACGAGCUAUUCGUAAUUUGUAAAUGAACGUAACUUUCUGAAUAAUAUUAUCCACCUGUGCACAGGAGCAAAAAUUUACAAACGAAACGAAAUUUGGACAUUAAGUUUUCAUAUUCACAACUGUUAAUAACAUAUAGGUUAAAAACUCAAUAUAUGAGAAACAUAGGCCACACAAAUGUCUGUUUGAUUGGGUAUUCAAAUAACACAAACUAACAAACACGUUUAAAGGUACAGUGCUGAUUUUCAAUGUAUUAUAUCUUGUAUCCUUUGUUGACUUGUAUUGUUAAAUAAAAUGUAUAAAAAGAAAAA